CUUGCUGGACGAAAAGUUCAUAAAUAUAUUUUUCUUCUGCAAGAAGUGUUCACACGCCAUUGUUCGCGAGCUGCGUAAAAUAUAGGAAAACUACUUGUGAUACGGUCAAAUCUUGCAGAAUAUAACAAAAAAGUGAAAUUAUUUCCUAGACAGUUUGAGCAGUACUCUAGAGGAUCGUCCUUGCAGCAGCGGAACUAAAUCUCCUAAACAUGGCACGUUAUCGCGAAUGGGACCUGCAGUGUAAGGUUUACGUUGGCAAUCUGGGUUCGUCGGCUUCGAAACACGAAAUCGAAAGUGCCUUCGGCAAAUACGGUCCCUUGCGGAACGUAUGGGUGGCCCGCAAUCCGCCUGGUUUCGCUUUCGUUGAAUUCGAGGACAAACGUGACGCUGAGGACGCAGUUCGUUCGCUGGACGGAUCAAGAUGCUGUGGCACCCGAAUCCGGGUGGAAAUGUCUUCCGGUCGUACUCGCCGUGACGACCGUACCCGUCGGCCUCGUCGUUCGUACAGGGCAAGUUCUUCUAUGAAACUCCACGUCAGCAACUUCCGCCACAGAACUUCAUCUAACCAACCUUCUACUAGUAGCUCUACUAUUAAGCCUAGCGCAACCAUCAACUCCACCACCACCACAACAGCCAUCACCACAACCAAAAAAAUCACCACUAUCACCACCACCAAAAAGACCUCUUCAGCCUCUUCGAUCUUUUCUAGACUUGUUUGCUUUUUCGACGCGCAAGUUCUUCAAGUAGUCUCCCAACAAACACCACAACUACCAACAGUACAACUACUGCUACUACUACAACUACUAGCUAAGCAACAACUGCGGCUACUGGUGCAAUCGCCAACGUCAGCAUUUCAACAGCUGCUGCAUCGUUCGACGACGUCGUUGCUGCUGCCGCUGAAAACAAGCACAAAACACACUUGCUCUCAACUGCAGCAUCACCUUCUGCACUUUGUCCUUCCAACUUGAGAAAGUUCACUCUAAUGUUGAACUGUGGGGACAUCAAAAUUUGCCAACAUGUGCAUAGGUUUGGCGGUCAACGAACCGAACAAAAAAUCAUCGAUCUACUACUGGCAUCAGGUCCAUCAGGGUACAGCGCUUCAGCGAUCUUCUGAGUUUUCUCCCGACUCUAGUUUUCGUCCGGGCAACCAACCAACCAACCAAUCAUCAACUUCUCCAGCAACAAUCGUCCUCAUCUCAUCAGUCUUCUGAAUUGCUUCCUCCAACGAUACGCCAUCGCGUCAACCCUUCUACUACUACUAUUACUACUACUACCACCACACCACCAUGAAUGCCACCACCUCUAGUACUACUGCUACUACUACUACUACUACUACUACUGCUGCUUCUAGCCAAGUGUAGUGCGUCAAGCUAAUCAACCGUUCGUGUCCUCUUCUCCGCGUAACCAACAUUGAAUCGCGCGCUGUCUUCAGAUCAAAACAAAAAAAUAAAAAAAUACAACCGCAGUCUGGCAUCAACUGGCAUCAAAAAAACCAACGAUACCAGGCCAGGGCACGUGCCACAACCACCUCAGCUCGUCAGUCACCACCACACCACCAACAUCCUAGCUUUUUUAGAGUUAUGCCACAGGCCCUCUCCCUUCAAAUACAGAAAAAAUCGCCUGCAAAACAGACAUUACUUGGAAAAGGUAGGAUGAUUUGAAUUCCUGUAUUUUUUGUUUUUAGUUCUGUUGGAAGGUCGAUUUUCAGCUCUUACAUUUUCUAGGACUUUCUGUUUGUAUUUUUUUAAUGUAAUCCGUGUAUGAGUGAGUAAACACCACCAGCCUCUCAUUCGACAUGUGUCCUGUACUAUUUUUCUUCGUUCUCCCUAACAAAUUCCUGUACCUGAUUCGUCCCGUCCAUCCUAACCUUACCUUUGUCACACAUCAUCACAGGUCAUCCUGGGUUCAAUCCUGCUCAGCUGAGCUCAGAAUAUUUUCCUCUUUCAAACGAUUCAAAGCAACAAAGCUGCGCAGUUUUUCAUCAUCAUCCAUCAUUAACAACCCUGCGGCUGCGGGAUGGCCACUUCAUUGACUUGCAAAUGACACACACCCAAAAACGAACACACAUCCUACAUAAAAAUUGUCAAAACGGUCGACGUGUCGUCAUCGUCGUCUCAACGGCUCCGCAUGCCCACGUCGCUUCCUCGCUCGGACGCUUCCGCUGCUACAGAAAACAGUCAACCACAAGAAAAAAUCUGCCCUUUUGGAACCGACACAGUUAACCACAUCGUUUCCGUUUUGUUUGUUUUCUUCUUUUUCUCCCCGUUCCUUCAACGACGGUAGAUCCCGUUCGCCACGCCGUUCCCGAUCACGUUCCCGUAGUAUGAGCCGCGAUCGUGAACGUGACCGUCGAAGUCGCAGCGGAUCCCGGGACCGACGCUAGGAUGUGCCCUCGUGCCCGGUUGCGCACAAACGGAGGUUGAUGUGGAAGGGAGGAGGCAGCGCACCUCCCAAAACAGCCGAACUCGCCACGUUUUUACGUAUAAAUAUAUAUAUUUGAUUAACAGAUUUUGACAGAAACUCGAGGAGAAUACUACAAAGUUCAAACAGCAGAAUUUUCAACCAACAUUUCGUUUUUUGAGAGCAGCAGCAAUCCGAACAGCGGAAAAGUUUGAUUUUUACACCGAUUCAGUAGUUUGUAGGCAUUUUGAAUUAGAACUAGCAUUAAUCUCGCGCAUCAGUAUCCUUGGAAAAGAGAAAAUUUGUGUAGAUAGGUUUGUUGUAGGUUGGUUCACCGUGGCAGCGAAGCAGAGAAGCUGUAGGUGUUAUAUCCUUUAAGGCACACUCAUACACACACAUAUAUACGCAUACAUAUGUAUUCACGGUUCAAUUUUCCUUCUCAUCCUUCCGAAGAAGAAUGCAUUUCGAAUUCGAUUGAUUUAGACGAUGAGCUCAUAGCUGAGGACAACAGAGAAAAAAAAGUACUCAACAAGUAGUACAGAACUAGAAAAAAAAUCAUAAACCACUUCUAUUACUAUUUUAGGACAUAUACAUGUAUUUUUAGUUAUCUUACGCAAUAAAGUGAGAUAUAAUAUUACUGGA